AUGGGUGUCACCGGCCUCUGGACGGUCGUGCAGCCUUGCGCUCGCCCCAUCAAACUCGAAACGCUCAACAAGAAACGGCUCGCUGUCGACGCGUCGAUUUGGAUCUAUCAAUUCCUGAAAGCGGUUCGAGAUAAAGAAGGCAACGCGCUCCGAAAUUCUCAUAUCGUUGGAUUCUUCCGCCGCAUAUGUAAGCUGUUGUAUUUCGGGAUCCGUCCCGUCUUCGUCUUCGAUGGCGGGGCCCCAGUCAUGAAAAGGCAGACAAUCGCUGGCCGAAAGAAGAGACGCGAGGGUCACAGGGAAGACGCUGCGAGGACCGCGGGAAAGUUGCUUGCCGUACAAAUGCAACGCAGUGCGGAGGAGGAGGACGCCCGUCGACGCAAUAAGACCCAGAUACAAGAAGAGGAAGAUGUGCCAGAUGCCCCGGUCUACGCAGAGGAGGCUUUUAUGACAGAGACAGAAAAGCAACAAAGUCGCAAGUUCAAGAAGAAGGACGCAUACCACCUACCUAAAUUAGACGUCUCGCUCGAAGAUAUGGGAGCCCCAAACGAUCCACGCAUCAUGUCCCAAGAGGAGCUGGAGGAGUAUGCUAGACAUUUCCACCAGGGUCAAGAUAUCAACCUUUACGAUUUCUCCAAAAUCGACUUCGACAGCAUGUUUUUCCUUAGUCUGCCCGCCACUGAUCGCUACAAUAUCUUGAAUGCAGCGAGACUGAGAAGCCGACUCCGAAUGGGUUAUUCGAAAGAGCAGCUAGAUACCAUGUUCCCCGACCGCAUGGCAUUCUCGAGGUUUCAAAUCGACCGUGUCGCAGAACGUAAUGACCUUACGCAACGAUUAAUGAAUAUAAACGGCAUGAACGGAGAAGAAGCAUUCUACAACUCUGGGAAACGGAUUGCAGGAGAACGUGGCAGGGAAUACGUGCUUGUCAAGGAUCGCGAACAUGAAGGUGGCUGGGUCCUGGGUGUUGUGGGAAACAGGGAAGGCCAUGAAGAGAAGCCCAUCGAUAUCGAUCGACCUGAGAUACUGUCUGACGAGGAUGAAGUGUCGGAAGAAGAUGAGUUCGAGGACGUCCCAAUCGAAGGUCUGAACCGACUUCCCAAACUUCCUUUCCUUCGAGAGGGUGUGUUCGACCGGUCGCUUCAACUUCAAACGGACGAAAAUUUAGAUAUGAGAAGGGCUAUACAAGAAUCACGUCAAGCUGCACGGCGACAGUCAGUGAAUGAACAUCGUGUACAAGAGGUUGAAGAUGACUCGCUUUUUGUUGAAGCCGAAGGAAAUAUUGGUGCACACGACACUGACGAGUUCUUUGAUGGCGACGACGAUGACCUCGAACGAGCUAUUGCGCUUUCAUUACAACCAGAUAAAGUCGAUGACGAAGAUAUACCUGAUGUGCUUGAUAUGCCCAUUCAUCGACCAGUCAAAUCAGCUCCAUCUUAUGAGACGGUGCCAGAGCUUGAUUCCGAGAGCGAUGAUGGAAUGGACUUUACUGCUGCCAUAGCAAGAACAAAGGUCUCGAAGAAAGCAUCUAAUGCACCAAAUCCAUUCAGCGGUCCUCUCCCUUUUGAAUCCAUCAGACUCACUAAGGUCACGGAUGAUAAUGAUAAAGCUGGUGUGGUUGGCGAAAGUGCAGGCGGUUUCGUGAAGGAGCCUACAAAGAAACCAAAAAAGACGGACCCACUUCCUCCGUGGUUUGUUGGUGAGCCCUCUGAUUCGGGAUUCAUCGUUGAUCCCGUUGAAGAUCCUGAAAAGGAUGACGAGCAAAUUGCGGCGCCAGAUCAUCUGUUCCUCUCCAAUCGUCGCUCGCCGGACAUUAUUGAUGUCGACGAAAUUUCCGCCAACAAGGAAGUCGUUGAUCUAGAGGAGGAGGAGGAGGAGAAACACGAGCAUCAAGAGAAGAAACCCGAACACGAAUUCCAAGUGGAGGACAUUGAAAAAAUUUACAAUGAGCUUUCUCCUCCAAAUCUUGAUGAGAAGAAGGCUUUGAGCGAGCCAGUUCCAGCUCCAAUCAAUACCGAUGAAAUGAUACUUGAGCGCACUGGAACACAUAUUCAAGAACAAGUGCCCGCGCUUGAUGUUCGGUCUCCACGCAGCGAACAUUCUCUUUCACCAGAAUUUGAAGAUGUUGUCCCUCAGCAGCCCAUUCAAGGCCCUGAGAUCACUGUUGUAUCCCACCAAAAGGCCCAGCCCCAGCCUCAAUUGUUCGAAAAUGUCGAAGAAGCUUUUGUGCAGGACCAAGCCGACUUCAGUGACCCUGAGGAUGAAGACCUGUUCAAACAACUUGCAGCUGAGGGCGAGGAGCAUGUGCGAUUUGCCAAUACUCUUAAUUAUGCUGCUCCCAACCAGGAAGCCUUUGACUACGAGCAAGAACUGAAGCAACUCCGAUCUCAGCAGAGAAAUGAGCGUCGCGAUGCCGACGAGGUGACUACUAUUAUGAUCAAUGAGUGCCAACAGCUCUUGACGCUCUUCGGAUUGCCCUAUAUUACCGCGCCUAUGGAAGCCGAAGCGCAGUGCGCCAAAUUGGUAUCGCUAGGCCUUGUAGACGGGAUUGUCACGGAUGACAGUGAUAUCUUCCUCUUCGGUGGCACACGAGUCUACAAAAACAUGUUUAAUCAAAGUAAAUUCGUCGAGUGCUACUUGACGUCUGACUUGGAGAAAGAGUACGCCCUACAUCGACAGAAGCUUAUUAGCUUUGCCCAUCUCUUGGGCAGCGAUUACACAGAGGGCGUUCCUGGGAUUGGUCCUGUCACAGCCCUAGAGAUACUCACCGAGUUUUCGAACCUGGAAGAGUUCCGCAAUUGGUGGGCCGACUUGCAAAUGGGUACGAAUAAUACAGAAGAUGCUCACCUUCCCUUUCGGAAGAAAUUUCGAAAGAAGGCAUCCAAGAUCUUCUUGCCUCCUUCAUUCCCAGAUCCCAAAGUUGACGAGGCAUACCUGGAACCCGUGGUUGAUGACGACCCUUCCCAAUUCCAAUGGGGUGUUCCUGAUUUGAAUGGUCUACGAGCCUUCCUCAUGACAACAAUCGGCUGGAGCCAAGAGCGAACGGAUGAAGUCCUGGUACCGGUCAUUCGCGAUAUGAACCGACGAGAGCAGGAAGGUACACAGUCGAACAUCACACAAUUCAUGCAAGGUCCACAGGGCGCGGGUGCAUUUGCGCCUCGUGCUCGUACAGGUGGACCCAGUCGCAUGGAAAAGGCCUUUAGUCGACUACGUCAGGAAGCUCAGACAGGCGGAACCUCACUAGAUGGCGAGCCAGCUAUCGGGAACGAAGAGGAAGAAGAAACCUCUGUUUCACAAAAGAGAGGCAAAAGAGGUACCUCAACUGCCAAGGCCAAGGCUGGCACAAAUAAGAAGCGAAAGACUCGUCGCGCCUCUCCUGAGCCAUGA